GUGCUUAUUGCAAAUAUGUUUACAUGCAGUUGAUUUCACUAACACAAAAUCCAUAAGGAAAAUCAGAACAUUUCUGGAACAUGUUUAUGUACGUAAAAGUAGGUAUAUUCGGCAGCAAACAUCAUCACAUCACCCAUGAACACAUUUAGAACUUUUCAGAAGAGCGAGUUAAAUCAAACCUAUGCAAGCUAUACCAAUGUACAAUUAAAUAUAUAUUAGAUAAAUAUUCCUCUUUGGGGAGCUUGUAAGCCGAACAAUAUCCAGCCACCGCAGUCCACACCUGUUGGGGGCCGCGGGGGGGAUAAAUACUGCAGCUCGACGCCCAGCACGGUAAAUGAUGGACGUUUCACAUCCACCUGUGCUCUCCCCCAGUAAUAUCGGGAGUUUUGCAUAUCUGACUGUAAAAGACCGGCUACCUGUGAUACUGACACGUGUUAUUGACUACCUAUACAGAGAAAGAAUAUCACUUGGAUUGAAAUAUGGAGAGGCUGCUCAAGAAGGGUGUAAGGAAGUUGUCAGUCGCUUGUCUCAGAUGAAGAAUGAGAUGCAAACAAACAAAGACUUUCAACUCUUAUGGUCCCCUCAACCCAACAACCCAUAUGAUUUCUUUACAGAUGAUUCAGAAAUAUGGAACCAGCAAUUUGAGAGCUAUGUCAGCACAUAUGGAGUGUCUCCUAAGUGGUUUGCAGCAUCAUGGUUGUAUGCAGAAUGCUAUAUGUAUGCUCGCAUCCAUGAAGCCCUAUAUCUUUGUGAUCCUUUAAGGGAUUUUGAUCCUUUUGAAGAACAGAAGCAGAAGAGUUUAGUGGAUUCUCAAAUAGCAGUUGAAGCUCUUACAGAUAAAGUGUCGAGUAUAUGCAGUGCCCUUUCUUCACAUACUCAAGAUCAACUAAAACAACAUGUUUUGAAGUUCUUUGAGGUUAGUCUCUGGGGCAAUAAGUGUGAUCUUAGCAUAUCUAGUGGUGGUGAAUGCUGCCAAGCAGAAGAUGUGUUUUCAUCACUAGAAAAACUGAGAAGUAACAUUAUUGUGAAUGAUUCGAAUAUGCUGUGGCAACUCUUGAUUUCUCUCCCUGAAGACCAAAGAGACAUUGCACUGGUACUUGACAAUGCUGGCUUUGAAUUGAUUUCGGAUUUGUGUUUGAUGACUAUCCUGAUGGAAGCAGGUCUCACAACCUCUCUCACCCUCUACCCGAAAACUCGACCAUGGUUUGUGUCUGACGCUUUGGAGAAAGAUUUGAGAUGGACUGUAGAUAAACUCAGGAGUAAUUCUGGAUCUGGUGGACAAAUUGCCACCAAGUGGUCAAGUUAUCUCUCAGAUGGGCGGUGGAAGAUCUGCAAUAGUAAGUUUUGGACAACAGGAUAUGAUUAUGCAGAAAUGAGCAAACUCAGCCCCGAUCUUUACUCACAGCUGAGCAAAGCAUCUUUGAUUAUUUUUAAGGGUGAUCUGAAUUAUCGUAAGCUGACUGGAGACUUAGAGUGGCCAACAGACACCAAAUUUGAGUAUGCUCUUCAAGACUUCCGUCCAACUCCUCUAUUAGCAGUGAGGACAGCAAAGGGUGGCCCAGUGGUUGGGCUUCUUCCAGGUCAGAGCAAGACUAUCUCCAGUGUUGACCGAGACUGGAACAUUAAUGGAGACUAUGGAAUGAUCCAGCUUUGUACUUUUUCUUGAUUAGAUAGUAUUUCUCAGCAAAAAGCCUAACAACAGAUUUUAUACAUUAAAAUCUCACAUCUAAUGAGUAAUAGGUAUGAAAGGAAAAGAAAAGAAAAAAACUAAUGAAUAGAUAAAGUAAAUAAAAAUAAAAACAGUAAAAACAUUAGGUAUGAAUACAUAAAUUUAUGAAAAAUAUUAUAAUAGAGAAUAAACUAGACUAAAGCCCUAUUUUGAGCCUAUUUUCAUUUUUAAUGCACAUUAUUGACAUUGAAAUAUAAAGAAAUAAUAUAGGUAACUCAAGACCAAAGGUGAUAUCUGAGUAGGGUAGGGGAGAUCCUCCCUCCUCACAAUCACCACUCAGGCUUCUUGUUCUUCACUGCAUCUCAUGAUGCCAUCCCAACUUCUGUUAUCUCUUCAUCAAAAUUCUCUUCUUUUCAAACACAUCCAGAAAAGUGAUCAGCAGUAUCACUAAAAUUAUUCUAUUCUCAAUACUCUCAUCACUAUCAUCCACAGUCCCUUGUCCCUUAUUUCCUUCAAGAUUUACCAUAACAUCCUUAAAUUAAUGACAUUUUCUUAAUUGUCUGGUAAUAAACACUUGUCUUCUGUUAUUCAUUUUCUCUGUAAAGAUUUCACAGAGUUCCUGGUUUAGUUUCUGUCACAAAGGUGAUACUUUUCUCACUCACAGAGGCUGAGAUAGGAGGGUUGGGAUAAGUGGUGUGAGGUGUUGGUGGAUGCCAGUGAUGUUACAUACUUGGCCAAGGUUGUGGCUGAUUGAACUGCAUGCCCAGGAUUUUUUCUGCUAGAUUAAAAACUUCCUCAGUAGGUGCAGAUAUGGGUAGAUGUCAAAUAUUGUCAUUAGAUGUGAGAUCUUAGGGUAUACAUAAGAUUAUCUAACUGUACAUAACAAAACAUUUGUAUUCAAACAUAUAACAAUGAAAGUUGAUAAUGGAAGUGUUCAAUUUAUCUUGAUCAAGGUGUAUCUUUUCCCACAGAUAGGUGUUUGUUUCAUUACUGUUACUAAAUUUUGUAAAUACUGAUUACCAGAAUUUAACAAGUACACAUCCUCUGUACUUCAGCAGCAGAUGGGAAACUCAGUUUGAUUCAAUAAAACUUUGUUGAUUUGAA